ACUCUCACUAGAUAAUAAGUGCAGCAAGGAGCGUCAGCCGUUGCUAACGAAACGGAGGCGACGAGAUUCCCAACCUCUUCCAUUAAAAAUUCUUCCUUCUUACACGAAGUGGGUGUUUGUGUUUGAGAGAGUGUCUGUGAGAGAGAUGGCUUUUAUGAUGGGAAUUCGGCUGGCUUCCUAUGCCGUCGCCGGAGCUGCGCUCAUUAUCACUCACGAGACUACCAAAGGCGCGAAGGAGAAGCUCCGGCAGUGGGUCGUCGAUAAGUUCACCUCCCGGUCAUCUGAUCCGGCUCCUCAGCCUCCCAAUCCCUGCGACGCCGUCAACGAGGAAGACGACUUCGUUAACGGCGGGACGCCAGCAGAUAUCCAAGAACCCACUCCGUCCCCUGUCAACGUGACGGAGAACGCGGACAUGGCCGACCCGAUGGCGGAGGACGAUAACGCCGUUAACAGCGUGCGGCCCGCACAUCUUGAAGAACCGACUCUCACCAACGUUAACGUGACGGAAAAAGCCGUCGAGGGCGAUCCGACGGUGGAACACUCCCAAUCGAACCAGGAUAACGCCGUCAACGUUCCCCUGUCAGGGGAGUUCCCGUCGCACUCGGUUGCCGAGAGCGAUCGCGCUGCGAACGGAGAUCUGACGGCCGAACCGCUCCAACGGCACGGGGCACCGGCGCCCCUCAGCUUGGAAGCAACCGGCGUCCACCGGAGCGUAGACGACGUCGAUAACGCCGUCAAGGUCGGCGAGACACGUGCCAUGGAUACAUCGCGUCAAACGAAAUCGGAUGAGCUAGCCCAAGAUGCACCCAAUCCGGAUCCGCCUCCGGGCCGGGGGAUCCGCGGCUCCUUUGUGGCGGCGGCCGUUAACGCCGUGAAAGGUUGGGCGAGGUCGCUAUUCAAUUUCCUAACGGCGAAGAACGGCGGCGCAUUGGAUCCAAGAGAUCGGGAUAAGAUGCGACGGAUUUUGGAGAACUUAGGCUGGCUGGCCGUGGAGCAACUGUUCCUCGAGCGGCUGUUCAGGCGCUAUAAAGCUGGCCGUAAAGUUUAUAAUAUUUUGAAGAACAACACGCCGACCGCUUGGUGUUGGUGACCGGAAGUUGGGACGCCUCCAGUCUUCGGUACAUCAGUGUAGAGAGCAGAGGGAGGGUAAAGAAGGGUUGUGUAGAUGCGUAGUACUAUUAGCACUUUAUUGUAAUGGAAUGCCUGCUACUUUCUUGAGUUGCCCAUUGUAAACUAGUACUGUUUGGUUCCAUAAACUUCGAACUGAGCUACGGCCCAGUUCUUUUGAA